AUGGUAUCCGUUAUUGACUCUCACAUCUUCAAGGAUAUCUUUGGUACUGCUGCUAUGCGUAAUCUUUGGUCUGAUGAGGCACGCAUUGCAUAUUAUUUGGAGUGGGAAGUUGCACUGGCCAAGGUCCAAGCAAAACUCAAUAUCAUUCCUCAGGAAGCUUGUGAUGAGAUUGUCGCCAAAGCCAAGCUCGAAAAUAUUAACUUCGACAAGCUCAAACAGGAGACUGAAUUGAUUGGUUAUCCUGUAUUGGGUGUUGUGCAACAGAUUGUCUCUCUCUGUCGUGACGGUCUUGGUGAAUGGUGCCAUUGGGGUGCCACCACUCAGGACGUCACUGACAGUGCCUCUGUUAUGGCUAUACGUGAUUCUCUUGAUAUCAUCGAAGCUGAUCUGGACCACAUUAUGGGCAGUGUAGCUCAGCUGGCUGAGGAUCACCGCUUGACACCCAUGGCUGGUCGUAGCAAUUUACAACAAGCUGUGCCCAUCAGCUUUGGCUUCAAGAUGGCCCGUUUCUUGGCUACUCUCCAGCGUCACAAGGAACGCAUAGGAGAGAUCCGCAAGCGUGCUUUGACUCUGGAGUUUGGAGGCGCUGCUGGUACUCUUGCCACCUUGGAUAAUAGCGUAGCAUUUAAGUGUCAGGCAGAACUGGCACGCGAAUUGGGUUUGGCUCAACCCGAGAUUGCGUGGCAUACGGAGCGUGAUCGUAUUGCUGAAGUAGGUGCUUUUCUCGCCAUACUCUGUGGUACUUUGUCCAAGAAUGCAACGGACAUCAAGUUGAUGAUGCAAACCGAAGUUGGAGAAGUGUCUGAACCUUACAUUCCUCAUCGUGGAUCCAGCUCCACCAUGCCAAACAAGUUCAAUCCGAUUAGUUGCGUAUACAUCCAUGCAUUGGCUGCCACUGUUCGUCAACAUUCGGCUGCUCUUAUGGACGCCAUGGUUGAAGAUCACGAGCGCUCGACUGGUCCCUGGGAGAUUGAAUGGAUCGUUCUGCCAGAAGUCUUCAUCCUUUCGGCUGGCGCAUUAAGCCAGACCAAGUCAAUGAUGGCUGGUCUACAGGCAAUCCGAAUCGUCUCGGAAAUCCUCUCGAAUACUCGUUAA